UCCCCCUCCCUCCCCGCUUUAUACAAGAGGCCAGCCAGCGCUCGGCUUCUUGCGCCCCGUCGAUACAGAAACAACGACAGCGGCGACAGCUCUUCAUCGCUUGAUUUCUUGAUCGUCGGAGCAUGGCGGACGAGGGCGCGGGGGCGUACGAGGACCUGCUGCCGGUGAUGGCGGGGCGGCUGGGCACGGCGGGGCUGCUGUCGGAGCUGCGGGCGGGGUUCCGGCUGCUGGCGGACCCGGCGCGGGGCGCCAUCACGGCCGAGAGCCUGCGGCGGAGCGCGGGGGCCGUGCUGGGCGUGGAGGGGAUGACGGGGGAGGAGGCGCGGGCGAUGGUGGGCGAGGGCGACCACGACGGCGACGGCGCGCUCAGCGAGCAGGAGUUCUGCGUGCUCAUGGUGCGGCUCAGCCCCGGCAUCAUGGCCGACGCCGAGGGCUGGCUCGAGGAGGCCAUCGCCGACGAGCUGCUCCCGCCGCCGCCGCCGCCGCCCGCGCCGGCCGCCUGAGCCGUCACCUGCAUAGCUAGCCAUCUUGAUUGUUAUGUACUACUACUUGCGUCGCUACUGACUGUAUGUUUGUUGUAUCGCCGCCGUGUAGUCGCCGUUGUUGUUUGAGUGUUCGUACGUACUUACAUGGUGAUGCUCUUUGAGGCUUCGAGCAUUGCUUUAUUGGUUAA